GGCCUGGUCCUCCCGGCUAGACUAGCGCCUGGGGAGAGGAGCUCCCCGGCUGCUAGGCCUGUGCACGCGCCCGGCAGUCCCGCGUGGUUCCUUGAUGGGACACGUGGCAGCUGCUGUUGGUGACAUGGAUGACCGUGACGUGCGGGCAGGGGUAGCGCCAGCCGUGACAUCGAAGACGAAACACAUAGAGGCGCAGCUAUCUGGAUUGGCGAUGGAAAUGGUAGGGGAGCUACAUCAUGAAGAUAACUAUUUUGACACUGAUGACGACGUCUGGCAUGGAGACGAUGGUGGGCAAGAAGAGGAUGACGUGGUCAACUACUACGCAAAUAUUUGUGCAGUCUGCGAUGAUUGCGAAAUCGAAAGUGAGAGGAGCUGGGGAGCUGUCGUGCCACUGCGGGGCAGAGAUGAGCAUACGGGGGGGGAUACUGGAUGGGGGGGUGACCUGAUGGUUGAUAAUGAGAGUACCGGUGCGGACAGUGACUCGCAUCUGCAUCAGGAUAUCGGAGACCGGAUCGGAGGGUGGGCCGUAGGAGAGUGGAAGGUGGAGUUGGAGCUAACGCCACCGGCAGCGGCAGCGGGAAGGACUACAGCCACAAGAGGAAAAGAGAUGAGCCGUGAUGCGGCUAUGUCGGACAGAGGUGAGUGGGUGAUGGAGGAGUGGCAAGGAAUGGGCGAGAUGGGUGUGAAGGGAGAGAAGGAUGCCAGCCACAACAUCAAUAACAACGAAGAAGGCGAGCAGGGAAUGGGAGAAAUAGGAGAGAAGGGCAAGAAGGUGGAAUACAGUGACAACAAUAACAAUAACGAUGACGGCGAGCAGGAAUCGGAGCAGGGCAAGAAGGAUGAUAACAACAACAUCAAUGGAGACAUCAACGUCAGCAACAAUGACAACAACAUCAUCACCAACACCAACAACAACGACGAUGAAGAUGGGGGCGGCAACCAUGGCAGAAGCUUGGCAGUGAGGGGUGUUUGCGCAGCCAUGAUCACCAUCUGCAUGGCAGGAGAGAACAACGAUGGCGAUAACUACAUCAACAACAACAACAACAACAACAACAACAACAACAACAACAACAACAACAACAACAACAACAACAACAACGACGACGACAACGACGACAACGAAGACGGCGGCGGCGAUCAUGGCAGCAGCGGGGCAGGGGGUGAAGAUGGGGGUGGUGACCAUGGCAGAAGCAGGGCACGGAGUGGUGUUCACACAUCCAUGAUCGCCAUCAGCACGGCGGGAGAGAACAACAACAACAACAACAACAGCAACAGCAACAGCAACAGCAACAGCAACAGCAACAGCAACAACAACAACAACGACGAAGAAGACGGUGGCGGCAAUCAUGGCAGCAGCAGCGGGGUAGGGAGCGGUGCUUGCGCAUCCAUGUUCGCUAUCAGCAAGGUGGCCAGUGCCGAGAUCGGCUGCAAAAAUAGGUCUACUAUCCUCUCUCCCCCCAACCUUGAUAUGGAGUUGAACGCUUUUGUCCGGCAGAGGGGAGGAGUAGGAUAGACGAUGGUGGUUGCUCUUGCCUGCCCCUGCUCUCUUCAGAUAAAGCGUAGUAUGAUGA